AUGGAAGAGCUUCCCACAUUAAAAAUACUGACAUUAGGAGAUGCAAGUGUAGGCAAAACUUCAAUUUUGCUACGUUUUUCAGACGACGAAUUCCCCAAAACUACAAUGCCUACAAUUGGGAUAGAAUACAAAACAAAAUACACUGAAAUUUCAGGCAGAGCAUUAAAAUUGCAAGUGUGGGAUACUGCUGGACAAGAAAGAUACCACCGAACUCUUGCCAGCACCUUUUAUAGAAGAGCUAAUGGAAUUGUUUUGGUAUUUGACUUGACGGAUAAGACUUCUUUAGAACAUGUGGAAAGCUGGAUGAAACAAAUUCGUGCAAAAGCAGACCCUAAAGUUGCAAUUAUUCUCGUGGGGAAUAAAAUGGACCUGAUAGAUCAAAACGAUUUUCCUGAAGGCAAGGCCCUUGCAGACUCAUAUGGGAUUCCUUUUAUCAUGGUCAGCGCUAAAAGUGGUAAAAAUGUCGUAGAGGCUUUUAAUACCCUUUCAGAAAUGAUUAUUCUGCGCGACCCGACAGCUCUUCAAGACAACGUAGCAGCCACAGAAACUUUAAGCCAGAGACAUAAACCUCCACCCAGCAAUCAAUGCUGUAGUUAA